AUGGCGACUCCCGCUCGUUCGCCGGAGUCCCCGCUGGCCGCGGAUCCGCCGCCAGCAGCAGGGGCUGCCGAGGACGCCGAGUGCCCGCCGCCUCGCCAGCCUCAGCCCCCGCAGAAUGUUCUCGCUGCCCCGCGGCUUCGAGCCCCAAGCUCCCGAGGACUUGGGGCAGCGGAGUUUGGCGGAGCUGCGGGAAAUGUUGAAGCGCCAGGAGAGACUUUUGCGCAACGUAAAAUUCAUUUGCAAAUUGCCCGACAAAGGUAAAAAGAUCUUAGACUCCGUCGCCAAACUGAAAGCUGCCAUUGCAGAACGUGAAGAAGUUAGAGGAAGAAGUGAACUCUUUCAUCCCAUUAGUUUAGACUGUAAGGAGAGGCAAAAAGCGAUUACAGCUGUUGAUGGGGACACAGAUAAGGCCCAGAAUUCUGACCAGAUACUUGAUACUUCAUCACCAGUUCCUGGCUGUUCCUCUGUAGCUAACAUCACAUCAUCUCAGACAACCUCACAACAACAGGGACUGGCACGUCCGACUCUCGGAGGCGAUGCUGAGGCCCCUGAGGCGGAACACACAGUGAGCGAAGGCCCAGCUUCCAGCAUCAGAACUGCCACGCCUUCCUCAUCUGCAGCUAGUGAGCUCCUCACUCAGCAUCGUGCUUCAAGUCAAGUGGAGGGUCAUCCUAGCAGCUCGGGCGACCUGUUUAUUGAUAGGUUACAAAGGAUCACCAUUGCAGACCCCGCUGAACACCACUCAGAAGAAAACCAGAGUCCUGAGAACUUGGCCGGCCUUUGCAGUGGGCUGCAGAAGAAGCCUCAUUACAUGGAAGUGCUAGAAAUGCGAGCCAAAAACCCCAUGCCCCUACAGCAUAAAUUUAAAACCAAUGUAUUACCUUCACAUCAACGUGAUUCGUUGAGUCCUUGUCAGAGGAGGGGGUCUCCUGUCUCCUCAGAAGAGAGACGGCACAGGGACAGGAAGCAUCUCGAUGACAUCACAGCAGCCCGGCUUCUGCCACUCCACCACAUGCCUACACAGCUGCUCUCCACAGAAGAGUCGCUGGCACUUCAGAAACAGCAGAAACAGAGUUAUGAGGAGAUGCAAGCCAAGCUCGCAGCACAAAAAUUAGCUGAAAGACUGAAUAUUAAAAUGCAGAGCUAUAAUCCAGAAGGGGAGUCUUCGAGGAAAUACCAAGAAGUAAGGGAUGAAGGCGAUGAUCAGUCCUCCGAUGACGAAUUCUGAAGAUGGGCGUUUGGAUCUUCUCCUAAAUCUCUGCCUGUUGAGAUCUCAUUAUCUUACAUCAGACUUUCUAACAAGUAUCAAGAUCAGUGUCAGACAUGGUUGAGAGAAAGAGUUUUGUCAAGUUACAACAAGGAAGCUAUAAAAAUAGCCCACUUUCAGAAGUUAACUUUCAUGUGCUUGAAGAGUUUAAUAUUUGAAUAUUGUGUUUAAUCACAUUAUAUUAAACUUUUGCAGUAUGUCGUGUGUUGGUCUGAUAUUUUAGUAUAUAGUAGAGCACAUUUUUUUCUCUAAGCCAAAUGAAAGCAGGUGAUUAACUGCUUUUUUCUUUAUACUUACCUCUACCAAAUAGCAUUUAUUACAUGUCUUUCAGUGAAUUAUUUAGUUGUCCCAGGCAUCACCUAAAAUGAAUUACGAAAAUAUAGUUCUCUCCUUUUUUGAGUAAUGAAGGGAGCAAUCUAGAGAAUUUUGUGCAUGUUGCAUGGGGCUGUUACAGGAUUGGAUGUGAAAUACCAAGGAAGACACUUAUAGAAAAUGCUUAAAACGUUUGUUUCCUUCUGUCUUCCCUUAGGAAAAAUGUUUUCUUUCUUCUGAUUAGGAAUAAGGGGUACUUUUAGUUGAUGCUGGAGGGUGGAUGGUCUUUCUAGGUGACCAGAUUUGUCUGGAGUAACAUGAACAGGAAAAGUCUAAGAUGACUGAUGUACGUGAAGGGAGUAGCUGUUCAUAGGCCUGGCCUGACUUGACUUCAUUGUUCUAACAUGAUAGGUUCAGUUUGAUAAGAAAACCAAAAAUUUUUUUAAAGCUACCAUUGGUUUGUUAUCAAUACGUUGCUUUUCCGCCCCCCCAGAUGAGGCUUAUGUACACUGCAGAAACCUCAAUCUCAUAUAUAUGCAAUUUUAAAGGACCAUGGUUGUCUCCAGAGAAAUUAACACAUAUGUUAUCAAAGUUUUCUUUGUCUAAUAUGUUGGCGCCUUUAAACACUGUUCAAAGAAUAAAAUAUUAGAGCAACUUCAAAAUG